AUGACAGAAAAGCACCCACCGCCGUCCACACAGACCGCGCUCUCAACCCCGAGCCUUCCUCCUCUCAACCCCCUCUCGCCUACGCCUCUCCCGAAAGAAUACGCUCCUCUUCCGACAUUUCCCUCUGCAGCUGCCUCUUCACACCCCAAAACUCCUGUGGCUGCCAACGCCGUAACAUCACCGACACACAAUGCUGCGCCUGUCACCAAGGCGGAGUCGGCUGCAGAGGAGGAGCCCUACACAAUAAAGUGCAUUUGUGGCUUCACAGGCGACGACGGAAACACAAUCUACUGCGAGAUUUGCGACUCGUGGCAACACAUUGAGUGUUUCUACCCAAACAACAGCGAAGAAGCGACGCGUGAAGAGUUUGCGCACGCGUGCCAUGAGUGCAAACCGCGGCAAUUGAAUGUCGCGCACGCCAUCGAAUACCAAAAACAGCGGCUACAGGCGGCCAACGCCGGGGCCGGGGCGGGGGCCGGGGCCCAUCAAAAAUCAAAACGCCCACCAUCCAAAGGCCACAGCCACAGCCACAAAAAGAAGGCGAAACCAGGCGAUCUCCAAAUCAACGGCCAUACGACGUCCGCCAGCGACGUCGCCAGGCAUCCUGGUUCUGACGGCACGGGCCAACACGCAAACCAAUCGUCCAAGAAGAAGAGCUCCCACAAGUCGAGCCAGUCCGUGGGCGGAUCCCAUUCUAAGAGAAGUCCGUCCUACUCGGCUGCGAGGGCAUCAUUACAGGCUAGUCAUCCGUUGAGUCCGGCCACAACACCACCCGAUCUUCCCGACGGCACCGAAUUCUACGGCUACUCCAGCGACCUGCACAACCUGUGCAAUGACCAGGAUUCCGCCCAGACUGUCCAGACCAACUCAUUCGCCAGUCUUGCCGUGUCAAACGCGACGUCUGUUUGGCUCCGUGAGCCCGAGCGCAUGUUGCGAGAGACAGGGCAGAAGUUUGUCGACAUUUUCAAACCGCCCCCCUAUAUCGACGCACUUCGACGGCCCCCCCGCGUUGACGUUAAGAAGCGCGCGCUGGACAAGGACACGAUUCUGCACUUGAGGUACUUGGUCACGUCCGUGGCUGUCGAUAAGGGCGUCCCUCUCAUGGAACUGAAUGGCCAAGUCGGUUUCCAAAACGAUUACUGUUCCAUUCCUUCCAACCGCUACGAGGAGCUGUCGUGCCCGCUUCCUUUUGUCUUUUUCCAUCCUUUAUUGCCCCUCUACAUUGACACGCGGAGAGAAGGGUCUCUCGCCCGCUACGUUCGUCGCAGCUGCCGGCCCAACGCGAUCUUGGACACGUUCCUGUCGGGCGGAUCUGAAUACCAUUUCUGGCUCGUCAGCGAUCGACCGAUUGGCGUGGACGAGCAGAUUACGAUUCCGUGGGAUUUACGGCUGCCACAGGACGUCAAGGGACGCUUGUUCCGCCUUCUUGGUCUCGGCGACGACGACCAAAGCAGCCACGACGACAGUGAGGUGGAGGAAGCCGAGUACAACAAUAUUGCACGUUGGGUGUAUCUGAUCCUCUCUCGGUACGGUGGUUGUGCUUGCGAGUUAGGCCCUGAAUGUGCAUUUGCCCGUUUCCACCGCCUGUACGGCGGCAAAGCGCAACACGCACGGAACAGCCACGGUAAAAAGAAGACGUCGCGGAAGACCAAGUCUCACGCCCUGUCUCCCACAAGCACUGGCCACGCGACAAACAGUCGUGCCGCUAGCGAAGGCCACCCAGAAGAUUUCCCCGAAACAGACAAAAUGUCAACAUCAUCGCGCAGCAAGCCGCCCAGCCGCGACAUGACCCCCGCCCCGCGACAGGGGUCGUUCGACACUCUGGGCAUAUUGACUGAGCCCACCGACCGCGACAAGCGAAAAGUCGCCAUGGUGGAAGACUCGUUCCGCCGCCUUGAGCAACAGCAGCCCAAGAAAAAGAAGCGCACAUCCGACGGCACAGAACGGUCGAGUGUCUCGGCGACUGGCCAUUCUGGAAAAUCCCGGGCGAAGAGCUCGCCAGCGCAGCCUGGUGAUCACCACGAACUUCCCAACGGUACUGCGAAUCACCGGUACAUCGACGCCGAGACGUCACGCAGCAAGUCGGGAUCGCCUGCCAGUGCUACCUCUCCUAACUUGAUGAGCGUCAGCAACGGCCUAGGAUUUAUGUCGCUGUCGGCGGCCGUCGGCGGCUCCACAUAUAGUGUUUCGCGACACACCUCAACCGGCCCCUCUGCAGGCUACCGUGAUGCAGAAACCCAGACAGACCCGACGGAGGGUGAAUGGUACAGCGAGAAGCCUCCCACGCCGCGCCCCAAACGCCGUGUGAUCUCGCUCUCUCGCCGGUUGCUCAACUACAGAAGCCGUGCACGGUAUGACGAACAUGCUGUGCCAGCCGUCUCGCCCAAGAUGGACGUUGAUUCACCAACCGCUCCUGAGGACAAGGUGUCGGUGAUGGCACAGGCACUGCCAUCAAGCGACGGCAACGGCGACGUCGCGAUGCCUGAUGCCCCGAGCUCUGUGACUCGGGCCGACGCUUCGACGCAUGCUAUAGCCGCCAAGAUUGAGCCGGUCGACGGUGGUGGCAGUGGCAUUGACGUCCCGAUUAAGAGAUCGCCGGACCUCCGUGUUCAGCUGCCCAAGGUGCCGUCGUUCAGCGAUGCCUCUCUGUCACAGAUGAACAGCGCGACGACGCCUCUGACGGCGUCAUCCAUAGUCCAGUCACCGUUUGCUGUGACCAGCGGAAACCCGUUUGGCUCGCCUGUUGUUACGCCGAGUCCCAUUAAGAAGAAGAUGAGCCUCAGCGACUACACCAAGAGCCGGAAGGCUGCAGGAGCCCGGCCACCGACGACAUUGAAACCGUCUCUCUCGAGCCCGGAUGAAGUUAAGCCCCCUAUUGGCGCAGAAAACGCACCGCCACCGCCAACCGAGACCGAAACGGCAACGAAGACUCCGUCAGCACCUCCGGCUGCAUCUUCUUAA